CUCUUGCCAAUGCAUCUGCAAUCGACCCCUUCCUCUGGGACAGCAACCCCUAUUAAUGCUGUCCCAACGACUCUUUCAUCGAUACCAACUCAACAACAAGCUUACAGCAUGCACCAGUCACCGAACAAUGCAUACACUCCACAAGAGUCCUUCGAGCUCGUCUCGCGCAUGGGCGUCAAGAAGGCGUACAUGCGUAUCGACAAGAGCUUUCUCAGUGCCUGCUCGGCUGGCAUGAUACUGUCCUUCGCAUGCGCAACGCUCAUUUCAACCAACACGGCACCGUGGUAUCAGGAGAAUGCACCAGGUCUCCUCAAGACAAUUGCGGCGCUCGUGUUUCCAUACGGCUUGGUCAUUGUGCAGAUGACAGGAAGCGACCUGUGUACAGGCAGCUUCAUGUACACAACUGUUGCAGCACUGCACAGACGACUCAGCAUAUGGCGGAUGUUGAGACACUGGGUUGUGACCUUCUUUGGAAACCUUGCGGGAAGUUUAUUUGUGUGUUGUGUCAUCGUUGGGUACGGUGGACUAUUCGAUGGAAAGUUAUAUCGAGAAGAGUCGUUGCACUUCGCUUACAAGAAGCAAGUUGAACCAGAGUGGUACCAAAUCUUCCUGAAAGGCAUCGGCGCGAAUUGGUUGGUGUGUCUAGCAUGCUUCCUUGGGUGUUCCGGUCGGGACUACGUGUCCAAGGUGGUGGGCAUAUGGUGGCCGACGUUUGCAUUCGUAUCAUUAGGCUUCGAUCACGUUGUGGCCAACAUGUUCCUGAUACCCAACGCCAUCUUCCAUGGCUCACCCGAUAUCACCAUUGGCAUGUACAUCGGGAAAGGCAUCGCCCCUGCGCUGCUUGGAAACAUUGUGGGUGGCGGCUUGUUCGUCGGAGUUCUCUACUGGUAUCUACACCUUCAGGGUCAAGACGACAUCCUCAUUGACGGUCAUCGCUAUGAAUCGCUGAGGAGACCAUCACAAGACUUGGGGAGAUGGGUGAGGCUCAAGGAUAGGAAAGAGGUAUCUGAGAGUCAGGAGCAGGUUUGUCGGGAGCAAGUCUAGAAAAAGCUGUGAUAUGGUUGCAGGAAG